UGCUCCCCCGAGAAGCGUGCAGAUUUCCCUGGAAGGUGAUAAUACCCCUGGUACUCCCCCAACAAAAACCCCCACCCAGGUGAGGUGAACCCCAGGGGCCGAUCCGUUGGUAUAUUCCGAAGGGAAAUAAUGGUGGAGAGUAGUGUGGCUUGUUCUGACAAUGAGCCGCCACGGUGACUGUGAUAAGUGAGACUCCUUAUUCCUCACGCCUCGAUUAACAAACGCGCAGUGGCAGUGGAGAAAGAUAGACAAAAAAAAAAGAAGAAGAGGAGGAAGAUAAAAAAAAGUUGUCCCAAGGGAGUGAGUGCACUUGAGCCAUUGGGAGAUUAAUACCAGUGGGAUCCACUGUUUCAUCGAUGACUCGUUAAUUCAUACCAUUGUUACCCCCCCAAAACGUGAGGUGAUAGCUGGUGCCCUGUGCCCCCCAGUGAUUGUUAUCGUUUAAUUCGGUUAUCAUAAUUAUGUUCAAUGUACCGCCCAAGUUCUACGAGCUGUGUCGCCUUUGUUUAUCGUCGGAUGGUGUCAAAUUGUCGAUAUUCGAGGAGGAAGGGGCACAGCGUAAUUUUGCCGACAAAAUACUAACGUGUCUGUCGAUAUCGGUGAACGAUGGCGACUCCCUGCCGCCCAUCAUCUGUCACCGGUGUGUGUACAAACUGGAUGUACUCCACAACUUUCGUGAGGUGUCUCGUAAAUCCGACGUCAUACUCAAACAGUACCUGGACUAUGCCAAGCAGUUGUCAUCAGCAGACAACCAGGACAAGUCUUUCUCCACUGCCAAAAUAGCUGACCUGAGUCCACUGCAAUCAUUUCUUCAGCUGAACAAAACCCUCUUCAAUGAGGAGCCCAACUCCCCCGCAAGCAUCAAUCAAAAUGUAUUACCUCAAACGCAGACCCAUCACCUCGAAUUAAGGGCUAAUGAUAUGCCAGAUUCUGAAAAUGUCAAGUGCGAGCCUGAGGACGACACGUGCUCAAACAGCUCUGAUCCAGACAGAUUGGAAAUUGAGGAUCGAGAUGAGAAUGACGAUGAUGCAGACGAGAAUGGCUAUGACAUGACAGUUAAACGUAAGAGAAUGGAUGAUAAUUACGAUGACUCCAAGAGAGAGUCACCCAAUCGCAGUCCAGUCAAUCGAAUGGACACACCUGAGAGCAACUGCUCCGACACUAACAUCGACCAGGAGACGACGAAGCUGUGGCAGGCACUUGCUAAACCAAACUACUGGAUUUCUGUGGAUUCCAGCAAUCGGAGUUUAGAGAUAACAAGGACCAAUGGUGACAAAGUGAACAAUGGAUUCUCUGGUGAAGCUACGAAUCUCCUCCGAUCACUCAUAAACAACCGGCAAAUUGGAAUAACAGCGGUGGACACUGGGAGGAUUUCCCCCCAAAUAAAAUUCUACAGGGACACGCAGGGCACAACAAUGGAGAGGACCGAUUGUUCGAUUUUGGGAAAUCGAACGAACAUGCAGUCACUGGAGUGCAAGAGUGCAUCAAUGGACAGUAAUCCGUCCAGUCCAGCCAGUAUUGGUAGAAAAGAGACAAAAGGUAGGAGAAAACAGAGUUACCCGAGUAAAGCACCCACGAGUCCAGACACCAUGAAUUAUCAGCAGGAUAUUAGUGAUGAGCAAGCACAAAAUUUCACAACGUGGUCAAAUAAAUUAAAGAGCAAGGUUGAUGAACAGAAGCAGCACUUUGACCAGCAAAGUGGCAACAUGACAAAAAAAGUCGACAUGUCCUGUACAAAUUGUGGUACGAUGACGACGACGAUUUGGCGUCGUAACAUGAAGGGAGAGAUGGUAUGCAAUGCGUGUGGCCUCUAUUACAAGUUGCAUGGUGUCAACAGACCCCAUACCAUGAGGAGGGACACCAUUCACACACGCAGACGUCGACCGAAGGGUGAAAAACCCACGAGACAUCGAAAAAAAGAAGCAGCUAUUGCUCCAGCCCAGGCUGACCAGAUGGAUGCAGAGAGUGCGGACAUGCUGGCAGCCCUUCGUCGUCAAAUUCAACCGCACCUGAUGAUGGCUGCUCUGACACCAUCCCACCUGUCCUCAGGGCAUCCACCAUCCAGCCAAUUAAAUUAUCCUCUCCCUCUCUCCACGUAUAUGAUGCACGUGAGUACACCUCACAUGUAUUCAGUAGAUUUAGUUAGUCGUGUUACUCGUGACGGUACAAAUGGCAGUACAAAUUCGAGUGAUGCCCUGAACUUUGCGCAGCACGUUAAAGAGGAGCCCAGAGAUCGCCACGACUCGGAGGAAAUGGAUGAUUGUGAUGAUGAAAAUGUCUCUGACGUACCUCUCAAUCUAGUAUCAACGUCACUGUCGGAAGAGGCCCACUGAUCUGAGGAAGAUGCUCUCUUGUUACAUUUUAAUGUCAUUAACGUUUUCUACAUCGACAUUGCCUUAUUAUAUUAUUCCGUUACUCAUUUUUACUAUUUCGUGGUUGAAUAUAUUGAACUCAUGCUCUCUACGACGAGUGAUCAUGGACGAGAAAAGGGAAUUAUCGAUUUUUCACUUUUUUGAGAGAGUGAAUUCUGAGAGUUUUUGAGGAAUAUCUCGAAAUCUAAAAUCUAAGAGACAUUUUCGCAAGAGCUUUUUUGUGGUUCCUAGUAUGAACCACAAACAAUGCUUUUACAAAAAUAUCGGUAUCUCUCUUGGAUUCUGAGGAAUUCUUUGAGAACUUCAAACGAAGAAGUGAAGAGUAACAACUCGAUUUAGCUAAUCAUUCCCCCAAAAAAAUAUCUCUGAAUUAGAGGGAGGUAGUGACAUUUUCGUUUGAGAUGAAAGGGGGAUUUUUGUAAAGGGGACGAAGAUCUAUGAAAAAUUUUCAUAGAAAAAUUGCACUGUCUCCCCUUCAUUCGGAGAUAUCUCUCAAUAACUUACGCAUUGACUAAAUCAACUUGUCCCUCUUUAGAUCUUUGAUAUCGGAUUGAUUGAAUUUAUUGGAGUUUGAGUGGAAUAUUCGACUUUGUUUUCACUGGCAUCACUCGAUUAUGGAGCUAACGAGCCCGUGGUGCAGUGCAUUAUUUUAAAAAUUGAUAUUAAAAAGCAGUAUUAAAUGCGAAAGAGGGAAAGAGAAUAAAAAGAUUACACUGAAGUCAUCGGAACAAUAUCAUAAAUGUUAAAACGUUUACUUAACAAAGGAUAAUAUUUUUUAUAAAGCUGAACAUUUUUGUACGAGUUGAUGGAAAACUACGAAUUAAUUGUACAUACGCGCAAACUUAAACUCGAAAACGAGUGGUUGAGGUUUUUAUUUUUAAUCGAGGGAAUACCGAGAUUUUCAUUGAUUUAUUUCAAUUAUUUGAUUUUAAUGGGUAGGACAUUUUUAUUUUUUUUUUUUUUGCUGAUUCCAAAUCAUCUCGAUGACGAGUGAUUCAGUACUUUUACUUCACUUGCGAGUAAUUGAAUUCAAAAUUUUAGUUAGUGCGAAUGAUUUAUUUUGUUCCACGGGCUGUUUAGCUGACACUAAGAACAAUAAUACUCUUUUUAAACAUUUUAUUUUUCUCUUUUUUAAAUCGAAAGGGAGAGGGUUUUAGAGGUGAAUUUAUCGAAUUUCAUUGGAUAUUUUGGGAUUUAAUGAUACUGCAGAUGUGUACUUGCGACUCGGGUGAAAAUUAUUUUUGAAUUUUUGCGGUUUAUUAAUAUUUGCCAGUGUCAAUGUGAUUCGCCAUGACUUUACCCCAUCAAGUGCUAUUUCUCGAUUAUAAAAUAAAUUCUACCCCGAGAAGAAAUUCAAAACGGAGAAUUUACUUACUGAGUAGAAUUAAGAAAUCUAUAAAAACAAUACGAAAAAAAAAAUGAGAAUUUUUAUACGCUGAACAAGUGCCGAUAACUUUUUAAACGAUAUUUUUUUUAAAAUCAUUGAAAAUACGAAAAAUCAUCACAAUAAUUUCACUCUAAAUGGCAAAAUCAUUCUAAUUACUGUUAUGUACUUAAACAUUGAUUAAAUGCCAGUUGUGCUCAUGCAAAAGCGAUGAAAAAAAAAACCUAAGCAGUAACGAUAAAUAAAAAAGAUAAAUAACAGAGAUAGAGAUAAAGGAAAGAUACAGGACGGCCAGAAAACUAUGCAGGAAUACAUAAAUAUUAAAUAAUUAAAUGAUAUUCGCUUUUACUCUGGAUACGCAUUGAAUGACAAAUUAAUGCAGUCAGUCGACAAUAUCAAGUCUUAAUUAAUGAUGAGUUUAAUGAAUUAUUGGGUGUGUCCCAGGAAUCAUUGAGAUGCCUCUGUUGGAUUUGAAUGACGAAUAACGAACUAUUAAACAAACCAUUGAACAUGAAAAUAAACUAAAGGUGAAACACAGGAAAAUGAUAAAACAAUGGCCAGUGCAUUUACUCAUGUAACCGUUAAUUAUUCUAAUGUCAUAAUACCUAAAUAACUUUGCCAAAAAUAGAUUUAGUCUUUGUAACAUAGAUAUAGUUAAGGGCAUCGAACAAGACAAAUUACUAUUCGUUCUAUUCGUUGUUUGAUGGUCUGAACAGAGAUUUUUCAGUGGUGGGGAUUGAAGACUUGAGAGUUGACUGGCAAUUUAACGAGAACUCCAUCCAUCCAGCCUUAUUACAGAAACAGUUUUAUGAAACAGAAUGUAUUUGUAUAUAUGAUAUUCUAUAUUAUGUGCUCGUGAGGGAUAUUUUGGCCACAUAUACAACCAUGACUAUAAAUUAGAAAUUGAAUCAGUUGUGGAGUGAUAAAAGCCAGUGGGGAAAAAGUAUUUUUCAUCCAAGUUCACUUGAUGCAGGAAAACAUCCUGUCAUUUUUAUACAGACCAUAAUUAUUUAUCCGAAGAUUUCCAUUUUUCAAGUUGACAACAAUAUUUUCUUGUAUCGCGGACAUUUUCUUGACGAAAAAUGGUUUUUUCUUACAACUGGGAGAUAACUGGAAUUUCUCAUUUCUCUCAAUCAUCGAUUGAGAUAUUUCUCCCUGAAAUGAUCAGGUGUGGAGAUAAUCGAUAUUUGACGAAACUGGGAAAUUCUGCUCAUUUCACCACUUGGUCUCUGAUAAAAUGAAAACUUGGGAUUUUUUGAAUUAUUCGAAGAAAUGUGAUUCUUCCAUUGUGCACUUCCUCUCGUUAUUCGAUUCAUUCUUUAUUGUUUGAUUCGCCAUAAUUUAUUUAGAGACUUUUUGGUUUAGGUAACUGAAUUGGAGUUGAAUGUUAAAAUGUUUGUUGAUAGGAAUUACUUGGAUUUCUAAUAAUUUCACUCCAAUCCAGAUUAAACAGAAACAUCACAGCACAUAAAAAAGACCAAAUGGCUACCGCGUGACUCUGCUACUAAUGGACAGUUUUAUUCGUCAGGCAUUUUUCGAUUACUCUCGUCACAACUCGAACCAUAAACAUUAUCUCAUUAUUUACCGAUCCAACGAUUGCCUUAUCCCCAAAUCCGUUACUCAAUAUUGUUUUAGGGGGUAAUCGGAGGGAAACGUUAGGCUUUCAUAGAGUAAAUAUAGAAUUCGAGGCUCUCUACUAAUGAAAUUAAAAUGAUAUUUUUAUAUAACGUACGAUGACCGAGUAUUGCUAUUUUACGAUUGAUAUUAAUUGAAACAAAACACGAAAAAAAGUAAAAAAAAAAAUACCAUAUAAAUAUAUAAGAAAUAGUGUCGUUAAUCAUUAAGACUUAGUUGCAAAAAUGCCAUGGGUUUGACAGUGAAAGAAAAAUCAUUUCUCUGGCAGUAGCGAAAUGCUUCGUUUUAGAAAGAACAUGUUUUCGUUUUUCUCUCUCUUUUUUUUACAUCAGUAUUCCACACCUUUGAUUUUAGCCCUUAAGUAUCAUUUUGAAUGACGAACAAUACGAAAAAGCAUUACUUAAAAGCGAAGAAAGAAAAAAAUCAGUUGAUUACUUAAUUAUUUAAUUAAUUAUAGUUUCGUUUUUUACAUCUGUUUUUACAGUCCCUCCGUUUUUAUUUAAAUAAUCAAUUGUAACUUAUUUGUCUCGUCUGUUCGCACAUAUUUUUUUUUGUGAAAUUUUGGCAGCAGCGACUGGCUUAAUUUAUUAUUACGUUUAAUAUUAUUUUGUACGAGUGUAUUUUUUUUUUUCUUUUUCAUUAUUUUUUAAUCAUCAUUGUAUCUGCGAUGGUAUCAGAUGGAAAUAGUCAUUUUUCAGUUUUUCUAGGGAUAUGGGAGACGGACGGUGGGGGGAGGAGAUGGAGUGAAAAUGAUUCUGGAAUGAAAUUAUAAAACUUGUGCUGGUGAUUAAUGCAUAAUUAAAUGUCAGUGGUUUGUCGCUGAAUGAGAUGAAAUAAUUAUUUUACUACGGAAAAUUUUGUACAGAAUUUUAUUGCGAUAAUCACGUUGAGGUGGGGGAAAACGUGAAAAUGGAAAACAUUGAUCUGAAUUAAAAUGGCUCAUGGCAUCUGUUCCGUCCGUCCACGUGACAGCAGAAAUAACUCUGAAAGUACUAAAAAUUGGAGGAGAUCUUGAAUUAAAUGCGCGUAGACCGUUUAGCAUAGAGAUUAAAUAUUAAAAUUUAUGAAUCACGCUUUUCACUGGUUUUUUAUAAAAGAGAAACUCAUUCAUGUCACAUCGCGAGUAUUAAUCAGAACUAAUUGACUGAGUAUUAUUUUUAUACCAUACAUACUUGUAAUUAAAAAUCGAGAUGAAGGAAUUCGUGGGCUGUGGACUAAGGCAACAAGUUGACACGUCCAAUCAUUUUAUCGGAGCAAUUGAUAAAUAAAAUGUUAACAUCAUCGUGAGAAAGUUGAUUUUUUCAUUCAGUCUGAGUGGAAUUAUCCCGAUAAGGACUGCUCCCACGAGAAAACGCUAAAGGAAAUUCUUGUGGAGAAUGUCAUCAGCUUGAAAAAAGCGCAAUACCAUUUUUCUCUCAGGUCAAUCGUUCUCGGGAUAAACCCGAAAACCUGACGAAUUGAAUUUUUAUCUUCUUGUGAAAUCAAUAAACUCAACUUGUGUCUUUGUUCUACUAACCAACAGGACUAAUGAAACUGUAAUGUAAAAUUGAAAUUGAAAGUAAGAGCAAAAGCUGCGAAUACUCCAGUGAAUAAUAAUUAGAGAUUAAAACUGUGAGUGCCCUGUAUUUUGUAUAAAAAAAAUAAUAUUGUUAAUAAUUGAAGACAUGUGGAGUUACUGUUCUCAUUGAAUGAUAUAAAAACCCGAGGAGAUGAGUUGAAAUGAAAAUGAAAAAUGUUCAAUACGAUGUACGGAUGGAAACGGUUGCGUGCAAAUCGCAAUUGGAAACAAUUUGAGUAGAAUCGAGGAGAAAAUCACUGAUUUCGAGGAAAAUUGUGAAGAAUAGGGAUAAGUUGGGUCGGGCUGAUUAUGGCCAACAGCUGUUGAGAUUAUUCAAGGUUGUGUGUAUCGUUAUAAGUAUUUUUUUGAAUUGUUGAGUAGUAAAUAGGAUGUAAGUGACAAUUUAAUGAAAUCAAACGACCUAGACUCUGAUUAUUCCUCUGUUUCCUUGAUUUGCGUAUUGCACGUUUUUUUUUUCUUUAUAUUUUGAUUGAAUAAUUCGCUGUAAAGUUGAAAAAUCAUCUGGAUUAUUUUUCCUCCAGUUUUUCUACAAUUGAAAUUAUUGCGUUUUAACGAUUCAACGUACGUUUGUCCUGAUUGUCGAAAAUCAAAGUUUUAUUUUCUCCCGUUCCUUUCAAUUUCAAUGUUAAGAUCGAAUCUCCCUCCUCCCACCCAGCCUUCGUAAUCUACAAUUUAUGGUUUCAACAAUAAAUAUGUAACGAAGAAGUGAAGUGAUGAAUAUCUCUGAAUCUACCAAAGAUAAUGUAAUUUUUCUGAGGACGUCUUUUAUGGGGCAUAAAAAGAUCCGCAAAAAAUGUCCUCACAAAAUUUAUUAAGCUCUCGUGGAUUAAGAGAUAUUUCCAAAAAACUUCAAUUUUUUGAACUUCACUUCUUGGCUACUGAACUGUAUUUUUCUCAAAUUCUCAAACUCGAUUUUACCAUUUUUUCUUGCGUAUUAUUAUUAGUUGAUAAUGCUGUUAGAAAUUUUAAGCUAUUUAUUUGGCUCCUGUAUGUGAUUUGUUAUGGAAAGAGAGACAAAAAUUAUUUUCAGAAUGCUUAUUAAAAAAUAACAUUGAAACAUGAAUAAAAAAAGGAAAAACGUGUUGAAAAAUUAUACAAUUGCAUUAAACCUGGGACACGAUUAUUCACUCAAUUUUAAUCUGAAUAUGUAAUCUCUAUAGUUGACAGAGUGGACCAAAAUUAAUGCUCAGUGGGUAGUGGAUAUUAUUUAUUUUUUAUACAAAUGAAUUGGAAGGGGAUGAUUCUCACGUUGUCCCAGGUGGUGCAAGGGGUCAGUUGACGAUUUUAUUACGAGGGAGAAUAAUUUGCCGGGGCAUUGUUGUGAUAUCACAAAACGCAGCUUCAUUAAAUCUUUUUGAAAAUA